AUGCCCGGCUUCGUGCGCGUCCCUUGCGAUGAGCACUUUGAGGUGGCGGGGAGCUCGAAGCAGCUUUCUCAGCCAGUUGGAUGGAUGCCAGGUUGGUGGAAGAGACUGCGCUGUCCACUCUUUGUAGUUUUAGUUUUGGCGUGCACGGUGGCUUGGCUAGCUGGUCGAACGGACAAGACUGCCGAGCCAGAAGAGCGGGCUUCUUCUGGUGCGAUUCUGCUGGUGGGAUCUGGUUCCUGUCCCGCCAGUUGUGGCCAGUCUGUUGCAUGCACAGCAGGUGCUUCAAAACCCGUCAUCCCGGAGAGGGACUGUCCAUUUUUCGUAUCUGGUGGGCCCAGCCCCGGUGUGACUUCAGCUGUGAUGGAUUUGCAAGGCUGUAAUUUUGCACCCAUGGAUGAGUUUAACACUUCCUGGACAGUGAACGUCUUUCAAGCACCUGGAUCAUAUUUCUAUGAAGUGCAAGCUGGUGUUCCCUUUAUUCCGUUCGUUAUUGAAGAUGGCUUCGUGGACUUUACCACGCCGACAGACUUCAAUGUGCUGAAUGUUAACGAUGCUUUACCAAACAGCGACAAUCCGAAGCUCGAAAUUACAUCCUUGGCUUUUGCCAAUGACACGGUCUUGUUCUUUGCGAACAGCACUGAUAGUAGUCCACUGUUCUCGUUGCAGCUGUUGGAGGUCCUUCCAAUCACUCCUCUGCGUCGCCUCACUGACGAGAGAAGACUUGCAGAAGCCUUCUUUGAAUGCCCUGGUGGAUGCGUGAUCUCAAGCCUUUACGUCAACGAUGGUUUCUGCGACUGCCCGGAAACUUGUCAGGAUGAAGAUUCCUGGACUUGUGCCACCUGUGGCGCGCCCCCAUCGCCCCCACCAUCACCGCCUACGGCGGCGCCAGAGGUCGAAAGCCAGGCUUUGAAGAAGGCCUCCAUUGGAGUCGGUGUUGGCGUCGGAGUGGGCGGCGGCCUUGCCCUUGGCCUCGGCCUAGGGAUCGGGCUCGGGACGGGCAUUGGGACCGGUGGUGGUGUGGGGACGGGCUCCGCGGCCUCAGCUGCAGCAGCGGCGGUUUCGGCUGUUGCUGCCUUCAGCGCAGAGGGCUCCCUGAAGCUCAAAGUGGACAAUCCGCAGAUACUGGAGACGGAAGCUUUCACCAAUGCGAUCAAGCGAUCGAUUGCUCGAAUAGCCGGGAGCUCAGUGGUUCCAGCAAUGGUGGAGCUCAUCAUCGGCUGUGCGGCUGCCAGCCGGAGGCUGGCUUCCCUCUUGCGUCGGCUGGCGGAGACCGUGGACGUGUGCUUCAAGAUUGGUGUGGAAGAAAAGGACUUAGCAGAGGAGGUUUGCGACACUUUGGCAGGAUACAAUGCAGCCACAGUUUCUACUGUGAUUACUUCAGAAAUCCUCGAUUCCGGCAUUGAUCCAGGGCAAGUCAGCGUGAUAGGUUAUGAGCCGAACCCAAAUCCGCGGGCCAACAACCCGAAUGCGCCGAGUGAUCCGAUCGAUAAUCCGUUUGUCCCUAGCACGGGCGGAAUCAACUUGGGAUAA